GGCAUGUUUUUUUAGCCUAUGCAGAAUAUUUCAAUAUCGUUGGUAGCGGAUAGGCUGAUUUUAGUUCUUGAGCUUGGUUGCUUGAAGCGGCGGACAUUAGCUUCACGAAAGAAUGGGAAGCAUACUCGACUAACAAAAUUUGUUGAGUCUUGAGAGGCAGUCUUGACCUAACUGCUAGCAGCGUUCGACUUGCGUGUUCGUCAUCCGUGGCGUCUCAGUCCAUGUCGUUCCUGCACCGUGUGCUGAUGGUCCUGUUGCUGGCGGGGCAGGGUGGCGUACUGGCCGAGUUGUACAUUGUCAAGUGCGGGGAUGCGUGCGGCGGGAGCCUUCAUGUCAUGUGUGAGGCCGGAUGUAACUGCGUCUUCUACCAGGGCCUCACUGUGGGCGUCUGCCGGUCAGCCAUGUCCAACGACAACAUACUGGAUUAUGACGGAACGACCAAAAGCACUUCUGUACGCAACACAUUUUUAAGUACCCCCACAGAUUCUUCGAAGUCAUUAAGUUCUCUUCCCUUGGUCUUGAUAGGGGUGCCUGAACUAACGGCCGUCAGUCUUCGACUUCCGUCUUCGUCCACGGUGGCUUCUCGCUCGAUGUCGUUGGUGUGCCGUCUGCUGGUGGUCCUGCUGCUGGCGGGGCAGGGCAGGGUACUGGCCAUGGUCAAUCCUGAAGGCCUGGCGGAGUGCGGCGAUCACUGCGGCGGCUUCUUUCAAGUCAUGUGCGUUGCCGGGUGUAACUGCGUCCCCUACAAGGCCACCACCUUCGGCGUAUGCCGGCCAUCCGUGUUGAACGAGACUGAGCUGGAUUAUGAUGAGCUUGCGGCAUGUGAAGAAACCAUUCAAGAAACGAUGCUCGGUGGCACAUUGCGACAGCGUGGACUGUACCGUGGAUGUCUCACUGCACCGCUUCCCCCUGUGCUUUCACAGGGUGGACAGUGCUUAGUCAAGCUGCAGUAUCCGCAGCUUUCCCGCCGUCUCCCCCUUUUCACAGAUGUUUUUGUUUGUGAAAAUAAAACAAUGACUGACUGACUGA